CAGACUGCAGAUGAGAGACUCGGGAGCAGAGACAAUUUUAACUUAGCCAUCCCUAAUUUAUCUCAAGCUUUUUCAAUUCAUCUUCACUGCUCUAUGCACACUGGAACACCAGAUUGUCAACCCCUGGGAACAGAAUGCAACCAGGGAUCUAGAGAGCUGUCACAUCCUGAGAAAUAUUUAAAUUGUGCUGAUUUUCUUCUGGAGUGCUGAGCAGAGGGAAUGAAACUCUCCAUCAAGUCAUAGCUUUGCGGGCAAUAGAUCAGAGGAUACUGCCAGUUUUUCUAAUGGAUUAUUGUUAUCGGGCAGGUUCUUCCUGAAGACUUUUUAGUGAAGCAGCUGUAUCUUCGAUUUCAUUGUGUGACCUUGAGACUUACUGUCAAGCCCUUAAGAUAACUGCUAGAUUUGGCAAGGUUAAAAGCAGGAAUUUGCAUUGUGGACUUUCUAAUCAGACACCCAACCUGUUCUUUGACCUGAUAAGAGUACGACUGGACAUUGUGAAAGUUUCUGGCUUGGACUUUCAAAUGGUAAGGCAUUCUGCUAGGAGAGUUUUCAUGUCUUUUUUAUGAGCUGUUGUGAGAUGACUUUGCACUGAAGUUUUCAGUUCCUGCAUCUGGUGGCACAAAUGAAAUGUUGUGACGCUACCAUAUGCCUUUCUUCACAUGAGACACAGCUUGAAAUAUUUUGAUAAGAUGAGAUGCUUGCGGAAACGAUCAGCAGUGUCAUUCUUAGGAGUCCUUGUCAUUUGCUUGCUGUUCAUGAACUUGUACAUUGAAGAUGGGUAUGUUUUGGAAGGGGACAAGCAAUUAAUCAGAGAAACAGCCACGCACCAGCUCAACCCAGAGCGCUAUGUUCACACUUUUAAAGAUUUGUCUAAUUUCUCAGGAUCUAUAAACAUUUCCUAUCGCUACCUAGCUGGCACGCCUUUGCCAAGGAAAAGGUAUCUUACAAUUGGGCUAUCCUCUGUGAAACGGAAAAAGGGAAACUACUUGCUUGAGACCAUCAAGUCCAUAUUUGAGCAGUCAAGUUAUGAGGAACUCAAAGAAAUCGCAGUGGUAGUGCAGCUGGCAGAUUUUGACUCAGCCUGGUGUGAAGGGAUGGUCCAGGAUAUUUCACAGAAAUUUGCACAUCACAUAAUUGCGGGCAGAUUAAUAGUUAUUCACGUCCCUGAAGAGUAUUACCCUGUACUGGAUGGCCUCAAGAGAAAUUACAAUGACCCAGAGGACCGUGUGAAGUUUCGAUCCAAACAAAAUGUAGAUUAUGCUUUCCUUCUUAACUUCUGUGCUAAUCUUUCUGACUACUAUGUGAUGUUAGAAGAUGAUGUUCGCUGCUCAAAGAAUUUUUUGACUGCUGUUAAGAAAGUAAUUACCUCACGAGAAGGAUCCUACUGGGUGACUUUGGAAUUCUCCAAACUGGGGUACAUUGGAAAGCUUUACCAUUCCCAUGACCUCCCACGUCUGGCCCAUUUUUUGUUGAUGUUCUACCAAGAAAUGCCUUGCGAUUGGCUGCUCAUCCACUUUCGUGGGCUGUUAGCUCAGAAGGAAGUGAUACGUUUUAAGCCAUCUCUUUUCCAGCAUAUGGGAUACUACUCGUCUUACAAAGGAGCUGAAAACAAGCUAAAGGAUGAUGAUUUUGAAGAGGAAUCUUUUGAUAUCCCUGACAACCCACCUGCAAACUUGCACACCAACAUGAAUGUAUUUGAAAACUAUGAGGCAAGCAAGGCUUACAGCAGCAUUGAUGAGUACUUCUGGGGCAAAGCUCCUUCUACGGGAGACUUCUAUGGGAUUGUAUUUGAAAAGCCCAUUAAAAUCAAUAAAAUUAAAGUUGUCACUGGAACUGAAGACCGGCAAAAUGACAUUUUGCAUCAUGGGGCCCUGGAAGUAGGAGAAAAGAUUGUAGGGAGUAAAAAAGGGAGACAGUGUACUACUUACUUGAGACUAGGGGAAUUCAAAAAUGGGAAUUUUGAAAUAACAGAUGUAGAGCACAAAGUUCUGUUUGAUAUUAACUGCAUGAGAAUACUUGUUACCAAAAGUCAAAAAGAAUGGCUGAUCAUUAGGAGCAUUAGCGUCUGGACUUCUCAAAUGCCAAAUCAAUAAAGCAAAACCACCUGAGAAGGUACAGAGUGCAUACAAUCAGCUGGGUCCCAACUGCUGCCAUUCCCCAGAAAAACUGACAUUUCCAACUCUUCACUAGAGACACGGAAGAUCUGGGGAAAUCACAAAACAAGCAAAGCAAUUUAUUUUUUACUAGUUUGGCCAGGCAAUAUACAAACACUUAUUUGUUGACACUUUUGAAUUUUAUAGGAAAUGCAAAGUUCUCAAACCUCUCUUGAGAUCUUGAACCCCUUUUUUAUUAUAAUUUCUCUGUAAGAGAGAUCUUCUGGACUAAACAGAACAAAACAAAACAUCCUAUAAUUACCAAAAGGUUUAAAGCUAUGACCAGUAUGUUGUGAAAAGAAAUUGGAUUGCACCUUACGCACAUAUAAAUUUAAAAUGUUUUGGUAGUAUGCGUUUGUACAAUAGUUGGUGAUGUGUUUCUUAUAAAGGCAGUUGUGACAAGGAAAUCUGUCCUGAAACUGGCAGUUUCAUUCUGAGCACUGUAAUAAAAUAGUGUGGCUAAUCAUUGCAACUUCUUUUCAAAAGGGAAUGUAUGUAAAAUUAUAAAUUUGACAUGACAACUAUGUAAAAAAUAGAUAAUUGCAUCUGUUAUUCUGUCUCAACAAAUAUCCUUUGUUCUUUUUCCUGGGUCCUUUCACUGAAACGAGCACUACUUGGAUUCUUUAUUACUUAGGGGACCAAUUUACUCUCCUUAUUCGAACAAAAUGCCUCACAGUAAGCAAGCAUUCUGCUUGAGUACAGAUGUCACUAUCAAACCCAAGCACCUCAAGGGCAACACUGUUCUCUAAGACAGGCAUCUUAACAGACCUCAGCUUCAACAUUCCCUGUUCCUUUACAACACGCAGAGCUCCCCAUGAGUUUGCACACAGCUGAAUACUACAGCAUGCUUUCCAAGGACUGUUAUGGCUUCCAUAUCUACAUGUCCAGUCCAUGUAUGAUACAAACGUAAAGUGUACCAGUUAAUCAAUUGGAGGUGAACGUAAUCACCAGUCUUUCCCAGAUGAUCUCUAGCCAAUAGAGCAGAUGCAAAAGGAAGAAUCCUGAUUCCAUGAAAAAUUAAAGUGUUUCUAAAUUAGUUUUUCUUUUUUCUUCAGUUUUCUAAUUAUCAUGUUAGUUUUGUAGACAUCUUCCCACUGCCUCUGGUUAUUCCUUGUAAGCUUAUUUUGCCUAACUUUAGCCAAUAAGCAGGAAAGUACCCUGAGUCCUCAUGACUUCAGUGUCAACUCUGGACUUUUAGUGCAACACACAGGGAGGCUGUGGAGCUGUAUGAUUUAUACUAUAUGCAUACAUUUGCAUUAGCAGAAUCUCCAGCCUCUCUCAAGUAGACGCACUAAGAAAUCCAUGAGUAUCAAGUGUGACACAGAUGAACACUGUAUUGUCAGUCUCCUGAAUACUGUGGUUAUCAUCGAACUGCAUGUAUGGGUUUUAGUGAAACCUGGAAGGCAAGGAUUAAAUUUCAAGAAAGCCUGCACUGACCAAGAGUGAACUAACUACUGUACUCAAUACAUCCAAACCUAACAUGGCUAUUUCAGAAAGGUAAAUUAUUCAAAAAUCUACACAAAACAGCAAUGGAAUUGCUUUUCCUGGUUCAUAAAUCCUGAUAAAUUCAGGUCCAGGUUUGGCAAAUCCCCCAAUACAGAGGUAAGGUACAUUUUAAAAUAAAUCUUCUGGUAUAUGCUUCUACAUAAUUCAGAAAAGCAUCCUUUUCUCAAAGAAAGUCUUUGUUUCUUUGUUCCUUAAUACACACCAAAACCUCUGUUCUUCAUCUACAUAGCUUCAGUAAAAUAGAUUAAAAGUGGCAUACAUGUUCAAUCUGAAAAGGAAAAUAACUUUUUUUUUUAAAUGAAAAAUACGUGCUAAUUUCAAAUGAUUAUAAAUACUUAUGAAGGACUUGCUUUUUAACAGUGAUCUUCCAUGACCACCAAAUAAUUAGUUGAUAAUUAGUCAUUAAUCAACACCAGGUUUUUUUCAUGAACUGUCAUUCUUCUAUUUUUCCUUUCCUUGAUCAUUAAGUAUUAGUGCCAAAACAAACAUACCUGUGUUAACCAGGAACAUUGCCUUUACUUUUAUUCAGAAAUGCAGUAUGUCCAAACCAAUCUUCUAAAUUGGAAUGGAAAAUAUACUUGGUCCCAAGGUUUAAAAUGUUCUUGUAAUCAAAACCAUGCACAAUAUGAAUAGCUAGUACAAAUUAAAUGCUCUCAACAUAAGCCUGAAGUAAUUUCAAUGGUAUUUUUUAAUUAGGAGCUGAACAAAACUGCUUUCAUUUUUAAAACAACAGUAGUAAUGAAUCUCAUCUUCAAUAUCAUGGCUUAGCAGUGAGAACUCUCAUCUGGCUGUUACCAGACUGAGAGGGUCAAACCCACAAAUGCCAAGUGAAUGCCCUCAAAGGAAGCUUUCCUUGGGUGUGGAUAGUGGUAUGUGCUGGGAAUGAGAGGCAUGCACCACCCUUCCUGUUGAAUUUGAGUUGAUUUGGAAAAAAUAAUUAACAAUACAUUUAUUCCAGGAGAGGCAAGUAUGCAGUUCUAUAAGCUAGUGUUUUGAGACUCACCUUAGUACAUGGGUCCCAGCUCCUCCUUCACAGAAUGCAUAUUUUAUCCAACUCAUUCACAUGAAAAAGGUUGCCAAAUUUUGAAAAAAAAAAAAAAAAAAAAAAACACCAAAAACUGGUUUUCAGACAGAUUUCAGAAAGAUGUAUUUGAAGAUACAUUUUUUUCUUCAUGUGCUAAGAAAAGUGAUUGCCUUCUGAAGGGGAAAUAUUUAAUCAGACAUGGAUAUGUUCACUAAUACUUCUCAAACUUUGAAUUUUCUUUUUUUCGCUGAUGAAGCAAAAGAUUAGUAGCGUCACAAAGCUCCGUUCAUUGUGUAUACAGUUGGUUCUGUUGAUGUGUAUUUCCUGCGUUCAUUUGUGGACUGAACAUCAGUAUUUUCAUACCAAAAUGCCAAUACUGAAAAUAUUACACUGUGGUCUGCACACUGAGGGAUCUGUUCUUCACUAACAUACAUGUAUUGGUCCUACUGGCACUGUUUGGGAUUCCUCGUUGUAUAAUGUCCUCGGGCCUUUUUUUCUUUUCUUAACUAAAAGCCAGUUUGUCAUCUACCUUUCUUCACAUAGUGUAAUCCCUCUGACAUAGAGAAUUUUGGGGAAGUGAAAUACUACUCACUGUGAAUUAAAAGAAGAACUGAGCCCUUAGUUUAGUGCAGAAUAAACAAAACCAGAAGCAGUAACUUUCAGGCAAAACAGUUUCAGCAUAUUUACUAUAUGUACUAUGAUAAAGAUAAUUCACUAAGGUGCAAUAUGAAUGUGUUAUUUUUAGAUCAAUGUUCAAACAUGAUGCUCUGUUUUACUCUCUGCUUAGUAUUCUCUUGUGUUAGACACUAAUGGUUUUGCUUUUAUAAAGGGAAAUGGGGAACUUGUUCAUUAUUGAAUUAUCAAAAGUUAAAUAAACAGCAAACUAUAACACCUUAGAAAAUAUUUCAUCUGGAAAACUAUUAAAGGAAAAAAAGCUAUGGUUAACCAUCUUAAAAACUGCAGAUGCAAUCAGCUUUCAUUGUGAAGCAUUUCAGAGAUUCUGAUGGAAAUGAUAGUUAUUACUACUCUCGUUAAAUUUGCAGUUCUGUUAGGCUACGUAUCAAUAAGUAUUAAAUUAUGAGUAGUAAGGCAGAUCAUGUAUCAUGAGCUCAAGCAGGGUCAUAUCCUCAAAUGGUACAGUAUAGUGUUUUGCAAAACACAGGUGGAAAAUUGAGAUGUAUUAUAAUGAAAACAAAUUAAGUGAUUUUGAUGUCAUAUUCUAUAUACAAAGACAAAUGAAGUGUCUCCACCACUCCAUCAACUUGUCAGAUAAAAUAAAACGGGGGGCUUAAUCCUUGUU